CUUCCAAGCAUCAUCUCAGUUCUCAGAAAUGGCGAUAGUGGGUAGGAUCAAGCUGGGUUCACAAGGCUUGGAGGUAUCGGCCCAGGGACUUGGUUGCAUGAGCAUGUCUUCUGGCUAUGGCACUCCUAAACCUGAACCCGACAUGAUCGCUCUCAUCCACCACGCCAUCCAGAGCGGCGUCACAUUUCUCGACACCUCCGACGUCUACGGCCCACACACGAAUGAAAUUCUUCUCGGAAAGGCUCUGAAGGGAGGUGUGAAGGAGAAGGUUGAAUUGGCCUCCAAAUUCGGAAUCAGCUUUGCCGACGGCAAGGCUGGUAUCCGUGGCGAUCCUGCGUACGUGAGAGCGGCUUGUGAGGCCAGCUUGAAGAGACUGGAGAUCGAUUGUAUUGAUCUCUAUUACCAGCAUCGUGUUGAUACUCGUGUUCCUAUUGAAGUCACGAUCGGGGAACUUAAAAAGCUUGUCGAGGAGGGAAAAAUAAAAUAUAUUGGCUUGUCUGAGGCCUCAGCCUCAACAAUCAGAAGAGCACAUGCUGUUCAUCCUAUAACAGCUGUGCAGUUGGAGUGGUCAUUAUGGACAAGAGAUGUGGAGGGCGAAAUAAUUCCAACCUGCAGAGAACUUGGCAUUGGAAUUGUAGCUUAUAGUCCUCUUGGACGAGGAUUCUUUUCUUCAGGAGUGAAGGUGGUUGAAAGUUUUUCAGAGAAUGACUUUCGGAAGCAUCUGCCUAGAUUCCAUCCUGAAAACAUGGAGCACAACAAGAUUAUAUUUGAGAGGGUUAGUGAAAUGGCUACAAGGAAGGGAUGCACUCCGUCCCAGCUAGCAUUGGCCUGGGUUCAUCAUCAGGGGAAUGAUGUGUGCCCUAUACCAGGAACCACCAAAAUUGAGAACUUGAACCAAAACAUUGGAGCUUUGUCAGUUACUUUUACUCCAGAAGAAAUGGCAGAACUCGAGUCUUUCGUUGCUGCUGAUGCAGUCAAGGGUGAAAGAUCUGGUCCUGGAAUACCUACAUGGAAGGAAGGUGACACUCCUCCUCUUUCUUCUUGGAAAGCUGCUUAAAGAAGUUCAUUCCUUAUACUUCAUAUAUUCAGUACUUGUUGCUGCCUUUGGCAAACUGAUUAGUACAAGAGGUAUCCUUGCCUCAAUGGUGGUGUUACAUACUUAUACUAGAUUCUAACUCCCGUGCAAUGCACGGGACAGUAAAAACAUUGACAAACUCAAAUUAUAAUUAGAACAUAAAUUGGGGUAAAAAUAAUAUUUAUGAAAUUUUACUUUUUAUUGUGAAA